GCCUCUGUUGCUGUGGUUACGAGCAAGCACASAGCCAAGAUGGCGGAGGAGGGCGCGGGUCCCGGCCGGCGCGGGGAGCGCGGUGAGGAGGCUCCGGGGGAGCACGGCCCCGGCGCGGCUUUUCACAUGUUCGUGCUCAUGGAGGACCUGCUGGACAAGCUGAAACUGCUGAGCUACGAGGAGGAGGCGCUGCGGCGCCACAACAUGCGGCCUCUCUCCAGGCACUACUUUGCCCUGCCCACCAACCCGGGUGAGCAGUUCUUCAUGUUCUGCACACUCGCUGCUUGGCUGAUCACCAAAGCGGGACAUCCCUUCGAGCAGCCACAGGAGUACGAUGACCCCAAUGCAGUGAUUUCCAAUGUGCUCUCASAACUGCGAUCCUUUGGAAGGCCUGUGGAUUUUCCUCCCUCAAAAUUAAAGACAGGCUGUGGAGAGCAAGUGUGCUAUGUUCUUGAUUGUUUAGCUGAAGAAGCCUUGAAACACACUGGAUUCAGCUGGAAAAGGCCAGAAUAUCCAACAGAAGAGCCAGAAGAAGAAGAAAUAACAGAAGAUGAUGCMGAAUUAACACUCAGUAAAUUGGAGGAGGAAGUUGCAGAAGAAGAGUCAGACAAUGAAGAAAAUUACAUUGACCUGAAUGUUCUAAAGGUGCAAACAUACGGAUCGAAUAUUAAUGACACUGCAAAGCAAGAAGAGAUUUUACAGUCCACRACAGAUGCAGCAGAUUGGAAUCUGGAAGUGGAACGUGUGCUUCCACAGCUGAAAGUCACAGUCAGGACUGACAAUAAGGAUUGGAGAAUUCAUGUAGACCAAAUGCAUCAGCAUAAGGAUGGAAUUGAUUCUUCUUUGAAAGAAACUAGGGGUUACCUUGACAAACUUCAUAAUGAAAUCAGCAGAACACUGGAAAAGAUCAAUAGCAGGGAAAAGUACAUCAACAAUCAGUUGGAGCACUUGGUUCAAGARUACCGUUCAGCACAAGCCUUGCUGAGUGAGGCUAAGGAGAAGUACCAGGAGGGAAGUGGAGGAGUAACUGAAAGGAUUAAAGUGCUUUCUGAGAUUACAGAAGCAUUAGAGAAAGUAAAGCAGGAAACAGAAGAGAAAGGAAGCAGUAUGACUGAUGGUGCUCCUCUAGUGAAGAUUAAACAGGCCUUAACAAAAUUGAGGCAAGAAACCAUUCAGAUGGACAUACAGAUYGGUGUGAUGGAACACACAUUGCUCCAGUCAAAGCUGAAAGAGAAGUCCAAUAUGACUAGAGACAUGCAUGCAACAGUGAUUCCAGAAGCCACAGUAGGUGCUUAUUAAAAUUGGUUGGACCUGACUUGGUUUGCCCAAAAUACAGUUUUCUAGCAUUUGCUUUUUUCUGAGUUCAGAGGUUUUGUUUAUGUUGGGGGAGGAGGAUGCUCUUUUUUUCCUGUUCAUUUUUAACAAGACAUUUGUCAUGCACUUUUUUAAGAAGUAACAUGCACACUUURGACUCAGCAUGGAGCCAUGCUUAGUUUUGUACAUAUCUCUUCCAAAUAUACUAAUAAUUUUUUAUUUAUGAAGAUAUCUCUACUUCAUUGGAGAAUGUUAUGUAGUGUGAAAGCAUAUAAAAUUAUGSUGACAGGCUGUAAUCUUGAUACUCUACAGUGCUGAAAGGAAAUUGCUUGUAAAGGACUUGAAAGGAAGGUAAGACAUUUAUUAUCACCAUUUGCAUACAUUUAGUAUAAAGCAUUUAAUUGAUGAUUCUGAAAUAGUACAGCAUUUCUCUUUCUAAGGCUGRGUUAAAACUGAUAUCAGCUGCAAGACUCCUCUAACAGCAGCAAUAUCAAAACCUAUAUAAGACCAAAGAAGGUGAAAAGUAUUGUUUGAAAACCACUCUAGGCUUUCUAAUUCUUUUYCAUGUGUCAUUGCUGUUUCAGAGUCACUUUUUGUAUUAGCAUUGGGUCAAAUGYUUUUUUCAUUUAUAGUGUGUAGUGGAGUUCUGUGGACAUAAUUUGGGUUAUUCUUGUUUUCUGUUCUUGUGUUCUUUUGAUUUCUGUGAAGGAAAAAUGUUGCCAAAUCUAGUUGAGUAAUACAGAAUGAGAAGAAAAAUGUAGGAGGAAGGGAACAGGAAUGUAAUGGCAACAGGGAGCUUGCUUUGUCUUAGUAAAUGUGUAGGUAGGGAGUGAUUCUAGAUGUUCGUGGUAAUGAAGGAGUGCGGUGCAAAGAAAUAACCUUAUUAAAGUACUGGUACAUUCUUUUGGUUAUGAUUAUUAAUAAGCCAUGAACUCUAUUAAWACAAUUCCAGUGACAUUAAAAUCCUCCCCUAACUUCUGUAGGCUAUUCCAUUCAUCUUACAAUUAAUUUCUCUCACUUAAAAAUGAGCAGAAUUUUUCAGAAUCAGUGGAUUAGUUCUGUUUCUAAAAGUCAAGAUACUUGACGCAGUCAGUACUAUAAGCCAGAGUAAAUUUGUUGUGCUUCAGUAUUUCAUUUGCCAAAAAGCCCUAAACCCAUUGGAUUUAAAUAAGCAAAAGCAAUAUGUAAAUGUCAACUAUUACAAUUUACCUGUGCAAGCAAUUGCUGAAAAUCUCUGUGAAUCACACUGGAAAUCAGUUUCCAACUCCUUUCACUGCCUACCUAUAUCCUCCCACAUUCAACUGAAAUUAGAAAWGUUAUUAUUCAUGUUCCCUUUGUUAGGUGCUGUUGCUACUGCAUAUUUACUUUACCAGUGGGUUUACUUCAACUUAAGGUAAAGCAACCUCCUUUUGCACUGCCUGCAAUGCAGCUCACUGAUGCUUUUGGAUUGCAAUGUUGUGUUGUAUAAAUGCUGUUUAUGUAAAUACUUUCCUCAAAAAACUCCUCCUUCAUGCUAAUAAACAUGAUUAAUCAAAAACCUUUCCUUAUGAA